GGCGCUUGCACAACUUCACCCGAUACCACGACCAGCGACAAUCACCUUCUCAUAUUGUAGGACAGUGCAGGCUUAAAUCGAAAGACGAUUAUGACUAUCCGUCCUUUCUCGCAUGAACUUAUUGAAAUUAAGCCUUCCGGAGUUACUUUGGAAACUAGCCUCUCUUGCCCAGCUGAUGAUCAUGCUGAGAUACUAGCUCACCAUGAUGGCCAAUUCGAGCCAAAGCGGAAAGUCGCAGUUUGUCUACAUCCCUGGUCAUGGUUAGGCGGAAGAAUGGACGACCCAGUGCUUCAUACUGUAGAAGACCAGCUCCUGAAAUCCGGAUAUUAUGUUUUGCGAUACAAUUCUCGUGGAGUUGGUCGAUCAUCUGGCUGGCCCUCAUUUACUGGCACACGCGAAGCAGAGGACCUUCGCGAGCUGGUACAUUGGGCCCUAUCUCAGAUACCUUCCAUAGAGUCCGUACUAAUUGUUGGGUAUUCAUACGGGUCUUUGAUUGCCUCGUCGUUUCCCCUCCUUGACCAGAUAAAGACCUCACAUAUCAUUCUCUCCUACCCAUUGGGUCCUCGAUCAUGGUUGACGGCCUUCAAUGGGAAGUUAUACACCGCGGCACUCAACUCUCUGCUCCAUGAACCACGAUCCAACGUUCUAAUAAUCUACGGUGACCAAGAUGAUUUCACUGGCGUGGGGAGCUAUGACAGUUGGGCCGACGCUUUGCGCAAGGAAGUUCAAGGCGAGGGAAGAGGCACAUUGGAGAUUGCGAAAGUCAAGGGGGCAACACACUUCUGGCGUGACGAUUCUUCGCGGAAACUCGUUAGGGUUAUACAGAAUUGGUUGCAAUAGCUUUGGGGCGGCGGAAGCAACGAUUCUUGGAAGUCUCUACCUUUACGGCAGAGCCGUAAGUCUGGGUGCGGUGACACCUAUUACAUCUAAUCCCUCGUGUGGAUGUAUUAGUCUUCUUCACCGUAUUCCUGUUUCGCUUCUUCCAUCUGCACCUCUGUGACGCCCUUGUCUUCGACAUAAUGUGACGCCAUGGAAUGUGACCGGAAGACAGG